CCCAUCGCUUGCCGCGCCACUAGUUCACCAUAGAGCGUCGCGCGCGCCGGUGGUCGAGACAACCACAGUUGCCCGGCUGACAACCGCCGAAAACUAGACGAAGCUGCGUAUUAACGAACAACACCGCGAAAAUGUUUUCUGUGGUGUGAAAAUCAAUAGCAACCUUUCGGACAGUGUGUCAAGGACGCCGCACGAAAAUAAUGGCUCCAGCGCAGCAGGACGUUCCCAUCUGUGGGGAGGCCCACCCUCAGAUUAGAUUAAGACUUAACGGCAGUGAUAAUAAGAGUGAAAAUAAAGUGAAUAGUGGUGAUGAUCCAGUACUCCGAAACGAAGACUUCGAUAUUAGUGAAUAUGAAGCGAUGGAAUUCAGGCCGAGGAUAAAGUGGCCAGAUCUCAUAGUACAAGUAGCGUUGCAUUUAGUGUCAUUAUAUGGACUUUAUCUGGUUCUAAGUUUCCAAGUGAAAUUCUUCACAGUAUUAUUUGCAUUUGCCACAAUAUACACGUCGGGCUUCGGCAUCACGGCAGGCGUGCAUCGGCUGUGGUCGCACCGCGCGUAUCGUGCGCGGACGCCGCUACGGGCCCUACUUGCUAUCCUUUUCACUAUUACAGGACAAAGGGACAUCUACACAUGGGCGCUAGACCACCGCGUGCACCACAAGUAUUCCGAGACCGUGGCGGACCCCCACGACAUCCGGCGAGGGUUCUGGUUCGCCCACGUGGGGUGGCUGGUGCUAACCCCCCACCCCGCUGUUGAGAACCGCCGGAUAGCGCUGAAGGAGACCUCCCAGGAUCUGAUGGCAGAUCCCGUUGUGAGACUGCAGAAAAUAUUCUUCAUUCCAAUGUUCGCAUUACUCAACAUAGCUUUACCAGUUUGGAUCCCGUGGCACUUCUGGGAAGAGACCCUGGUGAACAGUUUCGUCAUCAGCUUCGUACUCCGAUUCACCAUCACUCUGAACAUCGCCUAUUGCGUCAACAGCUUCGCCCAUUUAUGGGGAAACAAGCCGUAUGACAGGUUCAUCAAGUCAGUAGAGAACUCAGCCGUGAGCCUGGCAGCCCUGGGCGAGGGCUGGCACAACUACCACCACGUGUUCCCGUGGGACUACCGCACCUCAGAACUGGGCCGCAUCAAUAUCUCAACCAACUUCAUCGACGCCUUCGCCAAGAUUGGAUGGGCAUACGAUUUAAAAGCCGCCACCUCUGCCAUGAUCAUCAACCGAGCUGAGAAGACCGGCGAUGGAACCUUCGGCGAGUCCGAGGAACCGGACCCUUUCCCUGAAGAAUACGCACACUAAAUUACUCUUCCUAUUAAUAUGACGCUGGAUAUCGUCUAUUAUUUUUAAUAAAGGAAUCUUUUCAGUGUGUGAGAAUAUUACAUAAAACUAAAUUUUAAACGACGCGCUCACAUCGAUACUCGAAUCUAACGCUCGUAUUCACAAAAAUUACUAUGAGGUCUCACAGUAUGAGACACACGAACGAACCAAUCACAGAACUCUAUUCAACACUGUGCGUUCGAUUUGCUGCUUCACUUAAGCAAGCAUCGUUUGUGGAUACGGGCGUAACUGGUUGAGUGCAUGCGCCUAACCCUUUAUGCUACAGAUAUCUUGCCUGAUAUGGCGAAAUUGGCUUCUAUAUUUGAUAAACUUUACUAGCUUAGUUACUAAAAUUAUAAAUUUAUUACUAUGGAUCUAAUUUUAUCAAAAUAUUCUAUUUUUGUAAAACUCUGACCACAACAUGUUGAUCGUGGGGUUAAGUUUAUAAGUAUAAAAUAUUUUUUUACCUAACAGUAUUUCACCUCUGUCAUACCUUCAUCGAAAAGCACAUUGCAAUAUGCAUUUUAAAUUCCCUAUCAAGUCAAAGUUUGAUGCAUAAUCGAUCUUACGAGUAUUAGAUAAUAUCUUGGUGUUUAGAUAAUAUAUUAUAAGAUUAAUUAUGUACAAAACAUUGGGAUUCCCAACCAAUUUUUCUAUAUUUUACUCAGGAAAAUCACGGUCCAAUAUGUCGUCCAAAUAUCUAAACACGAUAAAAAUAAUAGAGAUAUUAACUGUUAUCUGAGAGAUUUGUCUGCAAGUGACACGCUAUUAACGAGUUUGGGCGGAUAAAUGAUCCAUUAGAUGAGAAACGAGAUAAUUUAUUUCGUCAUACUUGUUACUUCUACUACGCCGAAGUACUAUAUUUACGCCGAAGUCUUUUAACUUUUCGCGAUCACUUGUCAACGCCAAUAACAAUGAAAAUAAGUCACAAGGUCAUGUUGUAAUAUUCGGAAACAAGCCCCAAACUCGUUGCGGGAAAUUGUAGGUUUCACUUAUUUUCAUACAAAGAACAGAACAGAAAUAUCCUCGAAAAUUCUCUUUGUAGUGACUCACUCAACCUACUAAUUUUCGGUCUUUAAUGGGAAAUCAUGGCUUCUCUUCUUUUGUUGUUAAGUUAAUUAAAGUUAUUUUAUUACGAAACAAGUUUUUAAGUUAUAAGGAAUUGAACACGGGUCAAAGUUGUACAUAUAACCUACGAGUACAUGCUAAAAGUGUUUACUAUGAGAGCCAUAAAGCCUGGAGUGUCAAUCGAAGUGUCCAUAAAAUCGUGCCACUGUCACAAGCCCUCCCGUCUGAACUGGACGAUAAAAAAUAACAACUUGUUAAGGCUUUGUUUUUACUCACUAAUGAAUAAACUGAUAAAAUGUUAAUGCUGUUUUGCAUAUUUUCAGUUUCCAGACGUAUUAAGUCUCCUGACUUAAGCAUUUGUACACAAUUAUUAAACUAUAAAAUAUGUUAAAUUAGAUAACCUAUGUGAUACGCAAUGUUGGUGGCACCUAAAAUAAUAAUUACAACGUGUAAUUGAAUGAACAAAAUCUUCUGAAAUUAAUAGUAGGCACACACAAUAGGUGCUAUUGAGAGUACUAAAAUUACUUUAAUUAGACAUUGGAUAGUAAUUAUUUUUAAAAUAAGUAAUACUUUUGUAUCUUGCCGUGUUUGAAAAUAAAAAAGGAAUAUCAUUUUUACUUCAAAGUUAAAAUUAAUGAGUUGUAGAGAACGAAUCUUAUACGAAUGAAAUUAAAAAGCAUACUUAUGUGUAAUCUGUAAAAACAAUACAAAAUUAUCAUAAAUAUAAUUAUGUAGUUUUGUGAUAUCUGAUACGUUAUUUAAUUGGCAUGUUAUAGAAUUACACUGAAUGCAAUGCUUUUGUUUUCAGUGGAAUGAAAUUCCGAAACAUUUAAUGAUGAAACUUUGAUACAAUAAUAAUCCCCGCAAGCUUUGAAUUUCCUACCUCUGCUAUUUUACGAUGUUAUGAAAUUGUCUUAAACGAGUGUUAACCAGCUAAUUAUAAUGUUAAUAUUAUUGGGUAUAAUCGUAAUGUGUAGUUUCUUAUGAUUUAAAAUAGCAAAAACUACUUUAACAUCAAUAGAAAAAGUAACAGCAAAAUCACGAAACGUCUCCCAAAAUAUCGCAAAAUUAAACGCUGUAGGUACGAGAUUAUUAUGUUAAAUUUAAAAAAACAAUUGCCAUAAUCUGCUCAUGAUUAUGCAUUUGCCAUGUUUCUAUGGGACCAAAUUGUCAACUUUUCAUAGACUUUGAAUUGAUGAUGAAUAUCGAUGUCUGUAACUUCUGCCACAAAACAGGGACGAGAGCACGUCAAGCUACUUAAAGAGUGAAAUAAUUGAUAAAUUAUAAAAUAUCAUUUGUGGAUGCGAUUUUGCAACUGAAUGUCAAAUCUGAUGUGCUAUCGACCGUACUUGCUACAUAAUACCUAUGGUACUUCGUUCGGGAAUCCAAUUAGUUUCAAUUAUUGAAGUCUAUACAUAUAAGCUUGAGGCAUGUUUUUGAAGUAUUAGAAUUAUGAAGUAUAAGAACAGGCUUAAACUUUCUACGAAUUGUUGAAUGUCCGUCUGAUAUUGAGACUCAUCGCAUUAACCUGUCCCCCAAUUUAAAAUUGUUUGAUUUAAAAGUGUUUAGUUCUCCGACACGUUUGGAUGAUACAAGAUUAAAAACGCCAGGAUUAAACACACGAUUCCACAUCAUGCAUGAUGACAGCAUGUAAGUCUAAAGAUAGUAGAAGCACAUUUUCCGGCCAACGAAAAUACUUAUCAGGAAAUCGAACGAUAUGUAGGUAGGUAUACGGUAUAACACAGCGUGACGGAUUUCAAGUUUUAUUUGACAGGCGUAAAUAGGGCGAAGAAAAGAGCGCUCUUUAUGAAAGAUCGAAAAUUACUUUAUCACGUCAAAAUUACAAUACAAUCACAUUUUAAUCGAAAUUAGGUCUAUUCUGUAGUUAAAAUUUUCCAUUUUAAUUUACAAUUACGUAGUAGUACAA